UUUGCUGUACCAAAUACCAAUUACCAAGGUCUUGAAUGUAUGAGCCAUAUGUAAUUUACCCUAUAUACCCGACGAUUUUGGUAAUCUUAGAUAAAGAUUAACAUCUGCAACAAUGGCGCUCGAAAAAACAACAUUCGAAACCAUAGUUCCAUCUCGAUUCAUCUCUCUUUCCUUUCCCAAUCCCAACCCAAACCAUUCCUCCUCAUUUUUCCGAAUAGCUGUCCUCGACUCAGCGGGCCUGACCGACGACCCACCCCGAGUCGCCGCUAUGUUCGUUCCCGAACACCGCGAAUCCGAUUGGAUUUUCUGCACCGAGCCGGGUCACCUACAGCUCCUUUUCAACUCGCCCGGAAUCUCGCGCCUGAUCCUAGUCGGAAACCAGCCCGAAAAUGUUCAUCCUUCUUCAGCAAUUUACCGCCGUUUAGCAAAAAACGACAUGUCGUGUGAGCUCGAGGUGAGCUUGAAACCUCUAUUACUUGCUUUAUCGCCUAAGACUUGCUUCAAAUAUGGAAUUCCCGAGAUACCCAUUUUGAGUUACGAAGAUAAUGUUAUUUGCAGCUUGGUAUUGGGGAGUUUCGUGGGGUCAAUGGUUGGUGAAAUGUUAGUUGAAGAUGUAGAGAUUGAGGUUGAAAAUGAAGGUGGAAGAUGCUUGAACAGGGAGUUUAGGAGGCGAUUGAGGUUUAAGAGGAUGCCCAAUUUGAUUCAAACUGAGGUACGUAUCUUUCCCAAGAAAGGUAUUGGCUUGACAUCUGUAGAAAUUGGUGAAGUUGAGUUCAGUCCUGAUAAUGGGGUUUUAGUACACCCAUACUUGGCUCCCAUGGUAGCUGGCCUUAAUCUAAUUGGUAAACAUAUUGAAGAGCAGAUUCGUAGUGGGUUUAGGCCAAAAGCUUUAUGUCUAGGAGUUGGUGGUGGAGCUUUGCUGGCAUUUCUCAGAACCCAACUGGGUUUUAAGGUGUUGGGUGUGGAAGAGGAUGAGCAGGUUUUAAGUGUUGCUAGACAGUUUUUUGGACUGGAAGAUUGUCAACUUCUCAAAAUAUUUGUUGGUGAUGCAAUGAAAUUCAUUGAGAAAAUUGCUCAUCCGACCAGAGGAUGGAAUGCAAGUUCUUUUGGGAGACAUGAGGUAGAGAAUGAUAUCAAGAUGGAUGAUGUUGAUGCUGAAUUUGAUGUUAUCAUGGUCGAUUUAGAUUCAUGUGACGCCAGAAGCGGUGUCUCUGCUCCACCGUUGGAAUUUAGGCAGAAGCAUGUGCUUAUGGCUGCUAAAUCAAUUCUAUCUAAGAAUGGAAUUCUGGUUUUGAAUGUCAUUCCUCAGAGUAGUGCCUUUUAUGAAACAACGAAGCAUGAAUUUCAAGAGGUUUUCAGCGAGUUGUAUGAAAUUGAUGUCGGAAAUGGGGAAAACUUUGUUCUUAUGGCCGCACCAUCACCAAUUACGUCUUCUUCCACAGACUCUGAGAUUGCAUUCCUCAGUAAACUAAGAAAUGUUAUUUCAGGAGUAUUCAUGGAUUCUAUAAGGAAAAUCUGAGGUCUAAUGAUAAAGUGACUAAGUACUUGUUUGACAUCUUGGAUAAAAAAGCUCAUUGAAGUGGCUCUCAAGAACAUAAAAUACACUAAUGCAUAAACACCGAGGUUUUAUGCACCACAUGCCAUUGCAAUUCACACGCCAAAAAAGGAAAAUGUGUGAUCACAUUGCAUGUCCUCGUGAUUUCGAAAAGAUUGUGGGGAAGGAAUGAAGAAGGCCCGCAGGACUUUCCAUUUGAUGAUUGAAAUACUGUCACUAAGACAGGAGAUUAUUUCAAGUUGCUGAAGCUUGUUGGAAAACACAUAAUCAUUAUUUGCAGGUGGUGUAAUUGUUAGUUUGACAAUUGUGAGGAACAGCCAACUUUAAGCUAUUCAGGCAAUAAGGAUUAGGAUUCAGAGAGGCUGACACAGCGGGUUUCUGAUUGCUCUAGCCACCCCCAACAAUGAAGGAUUGCGGGGAUAGUGAUAUCUAUAGCCUAGAGGAGGAUUUUCUGCUAAAGACAGUAUACAAAGCGCCUUUGUGAUUUAAGCCAAUGCUGCUUGAAUCAUAAUUCUCUUUUCAGUAUGAUUGUAUGAAGGUAGCCUGGUCACUUCCCUUGCUUCUUUUUCAAGGCAUUAAGGAAUAUAAACAUCUCAAGCGAGAGCUUGUGAUCACAUAAGCAAUUUGUCCUUCCUUUGCUUUAUUUGUAUGUUGCCUGCCUUUUUUUCUUCAGGAGUAAGGGCCCUUGAAAUUUUACCCAGGAAAUAUUGUGUGAGAGAAAUGAUAAAAGGAAGAUAUAUAUUGGUGGUAUAAUGAGGAUCGUGUUAACAUUGUCUCUGCAGCACACAUAUUUAUAUACAAAAUUCUUAUAAGAUUAAGGGAAAAAAAAAACUAAGCACUGUCGUUAGAUUGUCAAAGUAAGAUAGUCUUUUAUUAUAAGACGUAUCGAGAUUCAAGGCUCAAACAUUGUUGCUUACUGAUUUGCAAUCUUAAUACGAUAAAUACUAUUAUUUACUUAUUACUCAGAUAAAUAAUAUAAUAUAUAUUAAGUUUGACUAUAUUUGUCAUAAAUUUAUUGUUGAGUUAUAUAGUAUUUCUAGUUUUUAUUGAGUUGAAAUGUUUUUGUCGUGAAUGAAACUUGAAACAAAGAUAUCGAAAAUGUAAAUAUUUGGAUUUGUUAUUAUUUAUUUCGGUAAAGAAAAUGAAAAUAUGAUAGUUUUUUCCAAUAAAGGUAAUAACCAAAAUAAUUUGGUGGUGAACAUCCGGUGAGUAAAUUAGUAGGCCUGGAGUUAGGAACGGCAAAAUGGGUCUAUGGAGCGGGGCGGGUCGGGGCCCCGACCCGGAGGAGCAUCAUUGUCCCGCCAAAAACGAAACCUUCUUCUCCAAACCAAAUCUGCUGCUGCCGAAUGCCGAUCCAACCUCAGAACAACCAGGAAGAACAUGGUCAAUGAAGUUCCCGCCAGGAUCGACACUCCCGCCACUAAUUUCCAUCUAGGAACGUGUUUUGCCCGUUGACCGGCGGUGUAUCCCGCCACUGUCACCUGCAAAGUUUUGGGUAAUGGUUUGCAUCUUUGCCUAUGGUCAAACAGGAGCAGGCAAAACAUAUUCCGGUUGGCUAGAAGCUGUUUCAAUCCAACUGUUCUUUCAGGCAUACUGUGGCUGGACCCUGCGGAUUGUGUUUCAUUAGGACUGUGAGUGGUACUAUUUUCUUGGUCAAAGCCUUUACUGAGGCUUUCGCAAGGAUUACGAACAAGGACCGAAGUUGCUUCUAAGAUCAUCUUCACUUGGCCUAUUUCAGCCGCUUCUAAAGUGGUAUGCCAGAAUGCAAGCUUGGCCUUAACGAUCGAGUGUUGCUAGAGGCACAAGGCAGAGCACCAAAGGGAAAGGCCAUUGAUUUGGAAGACAUCAAAUUUCAUCAAUUUUCAGAGGUUUGAUACCGUCGAUCAUGUCUUUCACUCCGGCCUAUUGAUAAACAUAUUACCCACUCACCAUCCAAUUUUUUGACGUUUUGACGACGACGGUGCUAAUUGUAGUCAAUUCUGAACUGUAAAGGGUGUAUUUGUGUGUAUCGUAGGAAGAAUAAAACGACGACUU